AUGUGCACGCGACAUCGCGAGGUCCAAUCAAAAGCCUAUCGACACCCCGAUAGCGUUGCGCGUGAACCGAGCGCCGAUGAGCUGCGUACGGUCCGCGUAUCGUCGGCGCCCACGACCUGUUCCGAGCCCGUAUUCGUUUGGAUUCGCGCGGCACACGCCAAACAGCAUAUUUACGGGAAAAAACCGCGGACGCGCCGAGUAGCCGCGACCGUGAACUUAAACUUGUUUUCGCUCGGUAUUCUCGCGACGAACUUUGCUGUCGCACGGCGCGCCCGUUCCAUUCCAUUCACAGUUUUAAAUGUGGCAAAAAUACAAAUCUCCCCGAACCCUCGAAAAAUGCGUCAAGUUGUUGUUAUUUCGGAAUAUCUACGCGAUCGCCAACCACGAGAAACGUAUUUCGAAAUAAUAUCGGUGCAAUUAAAACGAAGAUGUUUACAGAGAGUCGACAAAAGCAGUUGGGCUCAAAAGAAGUCGAUGCUAGAUGCUAGUGAUAUAAAUUCUACUGUUCUUCGGGCAAUGCUACUUAUUAUUAUCAUUGCGAAAGUUUGA